GGCGGGAGAUAUUGGCGCCAUUUGCUCGAGCCCGACAUCAAUGGGGGCGGGCAUUUGCAUUCCUCUAUUUAAACCCACCAAACCCUUCUCUCUUCUUCCCCGCCUAACCUCUCCUUUUCCCCGAUAUUCACGGCUCCGUUGCCCUUCUCUCGCUCGGACUCGGAAAAUGGCCCAGCCGGAGAUGCAGAACCACAGCCCUGAGGUUAAGGAACCGGUGCCUAAGGUCCCGAAGCUCCACCAGAACGGCGUCGAUGAGCCCGCCGACAAGGAGCCCGCCCCUUUUUUCAAGGUGGUGAGGCUCUCGGAGAAGGCCAUCCUGCCUUCCCGUGGCUCUCCUCUCUCCGCCGGUUACGAUCUAUCAAGUGCUUGUGAAGCCAAAGUGCCGGCGAGAGGAAAAGCUCUGAUUAACACAGACUUGAGCAUUGCAGUACCACCGGGAACAUAUGCUCGUAUAGCUCCGAGAUCUGGCCUUGCGUGGAAGCACUCCAUCGAUGUUGGAGCAGGAGUGAUUGAUGCUGACUACAGAGGUCCUGUUGGUGUCAUCCUGUUCAACCACUCUGAUGUUGACUUUGAGGUGAAGGCUGGUGAUAGGAUUGCUCAGCUGAUCAUAGAGAAGAUCGUUACCCCCGAAGUUGUGGAGGUCGACUCCUUGGACUCCACUCAGAGGGGCGAAGGUGGGUUUGGCUCCACUGGUAUGUGAAAUUAUCUAACGGGGUUUCAAUAUCUUAUUGCAUUAGGACUGUAGGCAAUUGGACGAUAGUACAGGAAUCUGGAUGCUCAACAAUGUGAUUGAGUAAUUUUGUUGAACGAAUGAUGGUGUAUCCCUUUUGUUCCUAAGUACUCUUGUCUAGUGAAUAUAGCGAAUGACGGUGUAUUUGUGAAUCUGUUGAUCCUUUCUCAGCUCUUGGCUUUUAUUUGGAUCCCUGGUAACUGUGAGAAGAGGACUAAUUGUGGUACUUCUAUGUCGAAGUCCAUAUAUUAAGGCUCUCUCUUGGCUACUAAUUCUGGAUUUUUAUCCCGGGAAGAUUGACUUCAUUUCUCUCUCUCUCUCUCUCUCUCUCGUCUUCUCUCUCGCCCUACCCGUCUAUACCUUCCUUGUUCUACUCUGAUACUGCCCAAGUGGGUUGAUAGCCGAAAUCUGAAACAGUUCAGUUCUGAUCAAUGCGGAUGGCCAGAGAGUUGCUCCCAUUUCUUUCCUUUGGAAAGUUGGAAUAUCACAACCUAAGUGCCGGAUACGGAACUUGAUGUUGUUCGACUUAAAAGGUACAACUUCCCUCCCUCGAAUUUAAAUUUUUCUGAAGGUAAAAGCCUCUAUGAUUAAAAAAUCAUAUAUCUGUAGCUCGUGGAACUUACUUAAUUAGAUGUUCACGCUUGAUUUGAAAUAAAAUAUGCCAUUCAUCUGCAUAGCUUUCAUCUCCUGAAUUUAAUUGAGAAAAUCCAACACUUGCCUGUCCCUGCACGGUGAAGAUGCGAGUCUAUUCCUUGUUAGUUGUAUGUAAAUCUACAUACCUCGGAUGGAUAGAGCAGAUAUUCGUGUUUUGAAUCUACGUAGUACCUUUAUAUAAAAGUUGUAUCGAUGCAAUACCUGCCUGCCAUGUCAUUAUGCGAACAUUCAAGACUUAAUCACGAUCCCUGAUUACUCGAGUACUUUCAUUCCGUUAUUGUUGGCAUCGGUUUUCAUUUGACCUGCAUCCCUAGUAUGAUCCCUUGUUAUGCUGUUCACUUUUGGGAAACUUUUCUUUCCCAUAUUGCAUUAGACAUAUGAUAGAAUUAUGUGAUUUAGUUGUUGGGGGCAUGGAUUGGCUAUUUUGUUACUGGAUGUUGUAAUUAAUUGCAGCAGUUAAACUUGCGCGGUUUAUUAGGCUUCCUUGACUGGAAGCAGUUGUAAUAUCUUUCUCAGUGUGGUAGGCCUUGUUUACCCUAUUGGUGUAGCAUGCUGUUAUCCCCCAACAUUAUGGAAUUUAGUCGAGCCUGUUUAGGGGCAGGAAUAUGUCUACUGGUGUGCAAGUCAUUUGCUCUGAAGAAGAGAUUGCACUGUGUUCUUUGGGCUGCUUGUGCGGAGCUCAUCUUUGCUACCUUCGUGGAGCCCAUCUUUGCUACCUUCCAUCCUAAGGUGAGUGUCAGGUCAUAGCUGAUAGCUCAUGGAUUUUCUGUUGGCUAUUCGUCCACACGGAACAAGAAUAUGCAGUUCUUGCCUCAGUAUUGAGUUAUUGGUCCUUGUGUUUCCAUCUGCACCUCUACUCGUCUGUGGGAUCUUUAUCGAUGAGUGGUGAAAAUCAAAUCAACUGCUAAUUGAAGUUCGGCAGAUUGUUUCUGGGCACUCGAUGUUCUUGAAGCAAGCUGUGAUCUGCAAUGUUCUGUUUGGUGAUGACUUGCUUGCUGGCAAUGAGCCACCUAAUAGCAGUAUUGCAAAUGGGUGUGAGAUGUCUCUCACGAUUGCCCAGCCUGUUUGGCUCCAUGGUAUAUUUCUGUGGUAGGUUACAUGUCCAUGAGACUGCGACUACAUUAGCUGCGCAGAUGACUUGUCAUUGUACGCACUCCAAAGGAUGUCUGAUCUGUAAAGACUCAUUUCCUAUACAGUCACUGUGCAUUCGGUAUCAUAGCUGGACUGUGCGCCGUGCCUACGCUUUUUCUGUAUAGUUUGGUUGGUUAAUGAGAAGCUAUAUUGUUCAAA